GGCGGUGGCUACGGGCUACGGUACGGUCGUUCGCGUAGCCGGCGGCCGGCUCAUGAGGAGGUCUCGGUCGGGUCACAUCGCUCACAUCAUCAGAUUACAUAGGAUAUCAACUCAGCAGCAAAGAUGCCACGUAUCGAUAACGACGUCAAACUUGAUUUCAAGGACGUCCUCCUCAGACCAAAGCGGAGCACGUUGAAAAGCAGGGCUGAGGUUGAUUUGACAAGGUCCUUCAAGUUCAGAAAUUCCAAGGCCUCGUUUAAUGGAAUUCCUAUUAUUGCAGCCAACAUGGACACAGUUGGAACAUUUGAAAUGGCAAAAGUGUUUGCAAAGCACUCACUGUUCACGGCAGUGCAUAAACAUUAUUCAGUUGAAGAAUGGCAAGAAUUUUGUACAAUGAAUCCUCAUCUCAUAGAGAAUGUUGCUUUAAGUUCGGGCUGUGGCCAAGCAGAUUAUGAGAAGUUGAAAGCAGUCCUGGGAGCAAUUCCUGCUUUGCGUUUCAUCUGCUUAGAUGUGGCAAAUGGUUACUCCGAAGUAUUUGUUCAGUUCCUCCGUAUGGUCAGAAAAGAAUUCCCUGAACACACCAUCAUGGCUGGGAAUGUGGUGACUGGGGAGAUGGUGGAAGAACUUUUGCUUUCCGGAGCAGAUAUAAUCAAAGUAGGAAUUGGACCUGGAUCUGUAUGCACUACACGCAAAAAAACUGGAGUGGGAUAUCCACAGCUAAGUGCUGUCAUAGAGUGCGCAGAUGCAGCUCAUGGUCUGGAAGGACACAUUAUUUCUGAUGGUGGCUGUACAUGCCCUGGGGAUGUUGCCAAAGCAUUUGGAGCUGGUGCAGACUUUGUGAUGCUUGGAGGAAUGUUGGCAGGACAUGAUCAGAGUGGAGGAGAUAUCAUUGAAAAAGAUGGCAAGAAGUACAAGAGCUUCUAUGGCAUGAGUUCUGCCACAGCAAUGCAGAAAUACCAUGGAGGAGUUGCAGAAUACAGGGCUUCUGAGGGCAAAACGGUGUGCGUGCCAUAUCGGGGUGAUGUUUCAGCCACCAUACAGGACAUACUGGGUGGUUUACGUUCUGCAUGCACCUACACAGGUGCUGGACGUCUAAAAGAGCUUGCUCGCAGAACUACCUUUGUCCGUGUCACACAGCAGGUCAAUGAAGUGUUUCAACAGCAGGAAGUCUGAGCCCCUGAAAAUAUCUAUUGUAGCAGCACUACAGGUAUCCACAUACAUGUAGUGCUGCAAAAGUCAGUGGAAUUUUUAGAGAACUUCGAAGCAGAGAUAUACUUAAUAGAGGUAAUCAAGAUUGGACUCUCGUCUAGCACAAGGAUAUAGCGCAUCUCUUUAGCCCAAACAGAUAUUACCAGAUAGCCAAAAUAUUAAUCUGUGGUAAUAGGUAUGGGGCAGCAAAAAUAAGCUAGAAUUAUGUAUUAGAAACUGCAAUGUUUGAUAGUAUCUGGGACUGUUGUAAUUUACCACAUACUAGAGUUAUUAUUACAUGCAUGCACACGUGUUCAGCAAUGUUAAUUUUUUAUUUUUAUCUGUUCUAUUACAAGCGAAAAGCAAGAGCUAAAAAAUAGGUUGCGACAUUCACACUGGUUGUGUCUUUGAUUAGGUAUCACCUGCAAGAAUCAAAACAACAUUGUACUAUUUUUUAAUAAGGUAAUUCCAUGCCAAACAUCCCAGAUGUUGCACUCGACCAUACCCCUUCCCCCUAAAUUGUGGUUCUUAUUUAUUUAUUCAUUCAUUUCUGUUCAUUCCAUGGUAUUUGGUACUAUUUGGUCUACUUCAGUGCCAUUUUCAGGUAAUAAAGGAGGACAAAACCAAUGUAAAAUUUGUGAGCACCCCUGCUUUUGUCACAACCACUCCAACUUGACACUUUUUUUUCCCCUUGUAAGCGCAAGCAGGGAAGCAAUUUUUUGCAGGUUCAGAAUUGCUUUUCUUAAAAAAAAAUUUUGAGCGAGUUAUAUACCUUCAAGGCAAAAAGGCAUCAUAGUUUGAAUGACUAUGACAAAAGCAUGGAUCCUUAUUAAAAAUUUUGAACAUCCCUGCAUUUGUAGUGUUUGCUGUGUGGAUAAAUACAGGAAAAGAAACAAACAUCUUUUACUCCUCUGUGAACUUAAAAUAGUGGCCAUGCACACAUUUGUGUGUGUGCAUCAAAAAUACCUUGGGGGAAGACAUUGCCACACUGAAGUAAUAGAGCACAAUUUUUUAAAGCAAUCUCGGAUUGUCGAGCACAACGUCUGAACAUUCGGCAUGGAUGACCAAAUUGUGUAGGCUGUAGCCACUAGGCUUAUUUUGAAGCCUUACUUGCAAGCUGUGUAUCAGAAUUUGUAUAAGCAUAGUUGGGAAGGUUAACCUUCUGAGCACUACAUGGUGGCAAGUAAGUUCGCAAGUGUGAACAAAAUUGUAAGUUGUAUCACUCAAUAUAAUAUAACUGAACAAUGUCACCAUAAUAUGAGCAGACAGAUGCACUGAGUCCACAACUACUUCUCUGUAAGCAGGGCCUCAGGAAGAAAGCCAAAUGCAGAACUUUCACACACCAUCAUUUACUGGUUGUGAAUGGAGGAUGGAAUCUCUAUCAUAGGGUUAUUGUCUCCUUUUCUGUCUCGCUAUUUUUCAAAGUUAUCAGGCAGUUGGCCAGUGGCGAAUGGCCCUCAGUUUUUUUUUUUUUUUAGACAGACUAUUUCACUAUGCGUGUUUUCUACUGGUUGUGGUUCCCUACCUUUGAAGUGGCAGUUUCUCUCUUCAGAGAAUGGCUUUUCAUGUUUAAAUCUUCUGCAAAGUUUUGUGCUGUGUCCCCACUAUGGAUAGAAGCUCAAGCUUGUCGUUAGUAGUCUGAUGAACCUAGUCACAACAUUUAUGUUAUUUUUCUCCAUUGAUCCCAGUGAUAUUUUAAUGGUGAUUUAGAUAUUGCAGCUUAAUUGUAUUUUGCCUGUAUUGUACACAACAAAAUUAUUACUAGUCAUUUUCUGGAUGUGAGUAUACCAUGGAAAAUACUGUCCAGAGGGGUUAAUUUAAAGAUAUAAAGAUCUGAUAUGUUGUAUUUCAUUAUUUUACCAUUAAAGAAAAAGGAAUACAUUUUUGAA